GCCUUGUUGUCCCUCUUUCAGCACUUUGGGCCACGUAUUUGCCCCCAAAGCCUUACGGCCUAAAGGAAGUCGUCCACCCUAUCCUGGCCUUCCAGGUCUUUCCUCCUUCACGCAAUCAUUUCUCAAAACAACUGCCACCCUCCAGUCACCAUCACCCAACCGCCAGCACACAAAGACAUCACUGCGCUCAUCAAAAACCACAGUUAUGUCUCUAUGUCUAAACAGGCUUCAGGAAGAGCGCAAGCUCUGGAGGAAAGACCACCCCUUCGGAUUCUACGCAAAGCCUGUGCGCAACGCACAGGGCGUCCUUGACGUCAAGAGCUGGGAAUGUGGCAUACCAGGGAAGGAGAAGACGAUCUGGGAGGGCGGCCAGUUCAAACUGACGAUGCAGUUCCCGGACGAAUACCCGACCAAGCCUCCCAAGUGCAAAUUCGUCCCUCCGUUGUUCCACCCCAACGUCUACCCGAGCGGCACCGUCUGCCUAUCGAUCUUGAACGAGGAGGAGGCGUGGAAACCAGCUAUCACAAUCAAGCAAAUUCUUCUGGGCGUGCAAGAUCUGCUGAACGACCCCAACCCCGAGUCGCCUGCUCAGGCCGAUGCGUACAACCUGUUUAAGAAGGACCGGGCCGAGUACGAACGGCGUGUGAAGCGGGUAGUGAAGGAGAACCCAGCUCCUUAAGAUGUGCAUAAGAAGGACCACUCGGGAAAGGGGGAAGGAACAUGGUGCGCCGCGGAUCUACUCUCUGAAGCGACUUGGCGUGGUGGCUGUUGUCCGGCGUAUGGCAUGGGAGACCUCCCUUCUUUCUCUUGGAGUUUAGGACAAGGACGGGUACAGCAAAGUCCGGGUUGAUUGCAUGGAGUUUUAGAUAUCAUGGGGUUUUCCUGCGCUCUCGCGCCUCUCUGAAGGAUCUUGAACAAGAGACAACACUGCGCAUUGAUUUAUAUUUCAGGUC